AGUUGCAAAAUACACGUGAAGAUUUCGUGCAGCAAAUGGCCGACUGCUUCCUUUUCCCGCUAGACAGCCGAUUGCCGAGUACUCCUCAACGCCUCCCUUUCCCCGCCCCAUGACGUUGGCUGUGACAUCAGCGGGGUCCCUUCAGCCAUGGGAAUCUAGCCACGACCGGUGGUAGUGGGGGAGUAGCGGUCAGUGAGAGGUUGUUGUUAGUUCAGCGUGAGGGAGAAGGAGUUGCAGGCAAAGAGCAGCAGCCAUCAUUAAAUUGCUUUCAUUUAUCCUGUUAGGAUUGGCCAGGAUUUUCAGAAGGGAACUCGUUAAGAAAAUCGACUUGGUCAAAAUGCUUAAGAGAGAAUUUCGACACUCCUGUCUUUGGGACUGAAGUACUUUUUACAAACAAUGAACAAAAGCAAAGUUGUAAUGCUUAGCGAGGACCUACUGCCAGACUUUGCCUGAUGCUUCAUUUUCCAGAAGAAUUAAGGAAACCAUGAUGGGCUGGAGAGCAGUUGAGGAUUAAGAACUUCAGAGUAGGUGAAGCAUAAAACUGCUCCUUAAGUACUUGGAGCUGAAAGAAGAUGGCUGACCCCGGAAUGAUGAGUUUGUUUGGUGAUGACAGCAAUAUUUUUAGUGAAAGUCUGGAAGCCCUUGGUGAAUGUGGUUACUCAGAAGCUCCAGUUAAUUCCAUGGGCCAACAGUUGUCUCUUGACCAAGGAUAUGGUUCUAUACAGUCACCCUUGCACCACCCCCCACCCUCUCAGAAUCAAACAAAACUGUCGCACUUUGAUCAUUAUAGUUCAUAUGAACAGCAGAAAGUCCAUCUUAUGGAGCAGCCUAAUAGAAUGUUGGGCAGCAACCCUGGAAAUGGAAUGGCGUCUCCUCAUUCUCAGUAUCACAGCACACCAGUUCCUCAGGUUCCUCAUGGAGGUGCUCAGAUGGGAGGCUAUCCAGGCAUGCAGAAUGAUAGACAUACACAGCCUUUUGUAGAUGGUGGUUCUUUGUGGGGACCUCGUGCUGUUCCAGUCCCAGACCAGAUCAGAGGUCCAUACCAGCAGCAGCAACCACCACCCCAGCAGCAGCAGCAAUCUUCUGUGCCUCCAGGACAGGGACAUUCAUCACAUAUACAGCAAAUGGGAAAUUAUAUUCCUCGUACGGAUUAUUUGCAACAACGUGGCCAGCUACCACAACAAAGGAUGAACCAGUUCUCUCAAGGACAGGAGGGUCUCAGUCAGGGUAAUCCUUUUAUUGGGACAUCUGGCCCUGGACACUUGGCUCACAUACCCCAGCAAAGUCCCAGUAUGGGUGGUUCUUUGCAUCACCCAGUUCAGCAAUUUCAUCACCACCCUACUACUGCUCUCCAUGGAGAAUCAGUUGCUCACAGUCCUAGAUUUUCUCCUACGCAGCAAGGUACGGUCAGGCCACAGAAUCUUAACUUUAAUUCUCGUAGCCAGGCAGUACCUUCACCAACUCUAAGUAACUCAGGGCAGUAUUCUCAAUAUUCUUAUGGUAAUAUGAAUCAGGGAUUAGUUAACAGUACAGGGAUGAAUCAGACUUUAGGCCUUAGCAGUAAUGCUUCUAUGAACCAGUCAGUUUCCCGGUACCCAAACACUGUAGGAUUUCCACCUAGCACUGGACCAGGACUACUACACCAGCAGCCCAUUCACCCUAGUGGCUCACUUAACCAAAUGAAUACCCAAACUAUGCAUCCUUCACAGCCUCAGGGAUCAUAUGCCUCUCCACCACCUAUGUCACCUUUGAAAGCAAUGAAUAAUCCAGCAGGUACUCCUCCUCCACAGGUUAGACCUGGAAGUGCUGGAAUACCCCUGGAAGUGGGUAGUUAUCCAAACAUACCGCACCCUUCACAGUCACACCAAACAUCAGCAACUAUGGGAAUUGGUCAGAGGAACAUUGGUCCACGAGGUAUGCAGCAGCCACAGCCUUUUCUUGGUAUCUCUCCAACAGCAAGGGAGAUGGGUGGACAUAUGAGGCCUAAUGGUUGUCCUGGCAUGGGCCAUGCAGAACCACAGGUACUACAAGAAAGACUAAUGCCUUCACAGCCACAUCCAAGUCAGCACUCACCUUUUCAGCAACAGCUGCAAACUUGUCCAAUGCAGUCGCACGCUGCAAUUCAUCACCAGUCCUCUCCUCCUGCACUUCCUCAUCACCAGCCGUGGACGCAGCCACACCAGUCACCUCAGACUACACCACAGAAAGUGCCUCUCCAGCAGGCUGGCUCGCCAGGCCUGGGAUCUGGCUGUCUGUCUUCAGUUAACUAUUCAGGCAGUGUACAUCUAGUGGGAGAUACUUUAAGCAGAUCUGAAACACAGGCUCAGAAAUGUAUGCUUCAUGGAAAUGUGUUUCUGGACAUAGCUUUACAGACGGGGAAUGAACGCUCGUCGGGUGUGGAUAAUAACAACAGAGUUCACUGCACACCUCCUUCCUCGUUCCAGGACUGGUAUAAGGAGGUUCCUAGUUUUGAUUACCAACGACAAGGCAUUUCGAACGUCAACCAGGGCAGCAGUUUUCAGGACUCUCUGCUUUCACUCGAGACUUCAUUGUACAGGUACCGUAGUUUGUUAUUAGACAACAAGUACCUUAAUGAAUGUCUCGAGAAACGUAUUGUUCCUAAAGGACUUAGGGUUCACAAGUACCCUAAUAAUGUUAUUGCAGGCAGUGAAUUUCACGCUGAACUUAUUAAUGCUUUUGAUAAAUGUGGGCUGGAGAUUGUACAAGCCAUCAUUAAAAAGAAUGAGAAAGAAAUUGUUUUACUAGAUAAAGACAUAGAGGCUAUUAAUUUAGUUGUUACUAGUGAUUUGAUGUUUCAAGUAGAAAGAGAAAAGAUGAAAUAUUAUCAAAUCAGAAAAGAUGUUGACAACAAAUGUAAUGAAAUUUUACAAAGAAAGUACAAAAAAUUAUACAGAGAUGUUAAAGAGGGCAGCAAUGUUACCCAGGUUAUACUGGACUUAAAAUCCUUUAUUAGAAAAAUCAAUCUUGAACAUAUUCUGGGAAAUGGAGAAUCCCCCAAUCUUAAUGGUCUACACAGGCCUAGCACUUUCAAUCCUCCAUUACAUCCACAGCUUAAAAAUUUGGAAACUAGGAUUGAACAGAAAAUCAGGAAAGAACUUAGAAAAACCAGAUUUUCACCUAAUUUAUCUAGCUCUGAAAAAUCUUUGUUAUUUGAGCUUCGGGACAAUAAUAGUAUCAGAGUUAUGGAACCAGAUAAAGGGGGUGGAACGGUCAUUAUGGAUCAUAAUGUUUAUGAUGGUAAAAUGUAUACCAUACUUAGUAAUCAGACUAGAUACAAUACAGUAUCACUUAAUGAGAUCAAUACGGCCUAUAGAAAAAUUGAUUUGGCCAUAAAAGAUUUAUUUGACCAGGGAGCCAUUGAUAAUAGUGUUUAUACUUUUUUGAACAACACUCAACCCAGGGUACCCUCGAUUUUUGGAGUACCCAAGGUACACAAAGAUAUCUUGGAUCCUCCACUUAGGCCCAUUGUGGCUGCACAAGGCUCCAAGAUUUCCCCUUUAUCUAAGUACCUGGACUGGAAAUUUAAAAGUUUGUGGCCAAAGUUUGACAACUCACUCAAGGAUUCUUGGGAAUUCUUGAGAAAGGCUACCCCUGAACUUAUUGUACCUGAUCUAAAAUUCCUGACUAUCGACGUGGUAGACCUGUUCUCUGUUAUACCACAUGAGACAGGGCUAUUGUGGUUGGAAGAGGCACUUACACUUUGCCCUAAUAUCCAAAAUAAUGAUAUUUUUGUAAUUUUGGAGCUUAUGGAAUUAGUUUUGCACAAUAACUUUAUCCAUUUCUCAGGAGAAUAUUACAAGCAGGUGUCAGGUGUUGCUAUGGGGGCAAAUUGUGCCCCAACUUAUGCAGAUGUCAUUCUUUCUGUUUGGGAAAACAAGUUUGUCCUUAAUAGUCCUUUCAAGGACUAUUGGACAGCCUAUUUUAGAUUUUUGGAUGACAUCUGCAUUUUUUGGACAGGUCCUGUAGAUGCCAUAAAGGAUUUCAUGGAAUUUUUGGCAUCUACUACAGACUUCCUUACAUUCACUUAUCAAAUACACGAAGGUGGUGUAGAAUAUUUAGAUGUUUUUCUUAGUAUAAAUCAUGGUUCUUUCAGAUCCACUAUUUAUAGAAAACCUACGUUUUCUAACAGCUAUAUACAUUUUCACAGUUCACACCCCAUGUACCAGAAAAGGGGUAUUGUCAAGGGCCAACUGGUCAGAGUUUCCCGAAUGACGUCCAACGAGGAUGACUUCUCAGCAGAGUGUCAGAAACUGUUCCAAAUGUUCAGGGACAGAGGUUAUCCAAAGGAACUUAUUUACAACAUAUGGGGGGAAGUCAAAGAGGGAAGAAAGGACAGGUUUAGACCAAUUUUAGGUUUGGGAACACCUGUUAAUGUCCCUGUUAGUUCCAAUGAUCAAACAGAUUACAAAAAAGCUUUCAUCACAGGGUUUAGUGCAAACUCUAGUGUUAUUCAGGAGAUUGUUUGCAAGGAAUGGGACAUAUUUAAGGACAUUACUGACCUGGAAAAUAUACAUGGCAAGGAUAUCAGAACUGUUUUCCGUAAAGGGAAAAAUGUUAAAAAUAUAUUGGAAACAGGAUUUUUCCAUCGACAUACAUCUCAUAGACGUAAAGACUUGAUCAAAUCUAUUCCCAACAACGGGAGAAGGUGCACGUCAGGGGGCCAUACCCAAACAAAGGAACAAUGCGUAUUACAACAGGAUGAAGGGACCAAGACACACAUGAUUGAUGCAAUUAGUCUUUGUGAUCACGAUGAGUCUUAUUACCGACAUGAGUCUGAUGGUUUGAUGGACAAUCUUAACCAUGUAAACUUAGAACACACUAGUUUUGAUGAAAGUUCUAACUUUGAACAGUUUACUGAAUUACAGCCAGUGUUAACAUGUGACAACAUCACACUACCUGACAACCUUUUUCAACUGAAUGAUUUUCUGAAUGUGUCACGUAAUAGUGUUGAAUUAAGUUUAUCAGUGGUGGGUGAUGUUGUUGAUUUGGGGCAUGAUGGGCUUGACUUAGAUUCAUCUAAGCCAGAGAUUAGGGUCAACGAUUCCGGGGAUUUUAAGACCUAUAAUUUUUCCCCUGUAACUAUACCUGACGAACUAAUUGACUUACUAGCCAAAGGAUACACCUAUGUCCCCAAAAACAACUUAAAUAUUGUUAACACAACUUUGGAUAUAAAACUUUUUACCCGGAAAUUGAAUUUUAGUUUGAUGCUUGGGGGGUACGAGUCAAAUGGUAACAACAGUAACCCAUUUAGGAUCCCUAGUACGUUCAACCCACCCUUGCACCCUUUGCUUCAACUAUUUGAAACUAUGUGUAAGUUGGACUUGAGACACAACUCUAAACUUUUGACUAAACCCCACACAAGGUUUGCAAACAACAAAGAGAAUGAACUACUUGAAUUUAUUCAUGUCCAUAAUCUACGUGUGUGUAAACCUGACAAGGGAGGAGGGGCUGUUAUUUUUGACCAGGAUGAUUAUUUUGAUAGAAUGACCAAAUUGGUUGACGACGACGCAUAUGAAAUUAGUUCUAGAUCUGAAACUAAUAGGGCCUAUUCCACUAUUAGGACCAGUAUUGAAGAUAUGUACAUUGAAGGCAGGUUAAACGACGACCGUUACAACUACAUGUUAGUUUUACACCCUAAAUACCCUAGGUUAUUUGGUAUACCAAAAAUUCAUAAGAACAUCAGUAAACCUCCAAUGCGGCCCUUAGUGGAUAGUAGAGGUUCACCCACUUACACAUGUGCGAAAGUAGUUGACUCUAUUCUUAAAAAAUAUCUGACAGAUGAGAUCUAUAUUUGUAAGGAUUCCUGGUCUUUUUUGUCUAAAAUCAAUACAAUAAAAUAUCAAACCAACUACAACUUCCUUACAGUAGACGUUAAAGAUCUUUACACGUGUAUCCCCCAUGAUAUAGCCAUGGAGUGGGUAGCAGCCACACUAAAAGAGAAAAAUGCCCUCAGUAAUGAAACUUCAUUAGUGAUAGAACUACUUGAAAUAAUUUUAUAUAACAACUUUUUCAAGUUAGGUGAGAACUUCUAUCGUCAGAAACUUGGGGUGGCAAUGGGUUCCCCGUGCGGGGCCAGUUUAGCCAACAUGGUAAUGGCUUUCUGGGAGAAAAAUUACGUAUUCAAGAAUGAUAUACUGAGUCAGAGAAUUCACUUUUACACUAGAUACUUGGACGACAUUUUUAUUUUGUUCGAUGGGGAUGAAGUAUUUGGGCAAAGCAUUACAGAUAUUUUUAAUGCUUUUACCCCCUUUUUGAAAUUCACAUCGUCCUUUAGUACACAAGCCAUAGCCACAAAGAAACCAGAGUUGGACCCAGAUGCUGCUGCUAAGAAAAAAGGAAACAAACGGAAACUUGAAUCUUCAGAUGUCUCCGAUUUGGAAAAAACGCCUGUUCCUUCUCCAGUUCCUGAAGAGGAGGAGGAUUUGGGAGUUCAGAAACGUCGUUCCAGCAGACAAGUGAAAAGGAAACGCUAUACCGAAGAUCUGGAGUUUAAAAUUUCAGAUGAUGAAGGAGAUGGCAACGCCACUGGGAGAGACUCACCUAACACAUCUCAGUCAGAGCAACAGGAAUCUGCUGAUGCAGAAGGUCCAGUGGUUGAGAAGAUCCUGAGCAGCCGCACUAUAAAGAAACAAACUGAGUCGGGAGAAGAACUGGAAGUAGAAGAAUUUUAUGUGAAAUACAAAAAUUUUUCUUAUCUGCACUGUCAGUGGGCAACCGUAGAUGAUUUGGAGAAGGACAAGAGAGUUCAUCAGAAGAUCAAACGUUUUAAAGCAAAACAGAUGCAGAACAAAUUUCUUACAGAGAUUGAGGAUGAACCUUUCAAUCCAGAUUAUGUUGAAGUGGACAGACUGCUGGAUGUUUCUCACAGCACUGGUGAAACUGGGGAGCCUGUAACACAUUAUUUGGUGAAGUGGACAUCACUUCCUUACGAAGACAGCACUUGGGAACUGAAGCAGGAUAUAGAGUCAUCUAAGAUUGAGGAGUUUGAGAAGCUGGUGGCUAGAGAGCCGAAAACAGAACGUGUGGAACAACCUCCUACUGAGGAGUGGAAGAAGUUGGAGAGUUCCAGGGAAUAUAAAAACAGCAAUAGUCUCAGGGAAUACCAGUUGGAAGGACUGAAUUGGCUCCUUUUCAAUUGGUACAACAGGCGAAACUGCAUUUUAGCAGAUGAAAUGGGUUUGGGAAAGACCAUCCAGUCCAUUACAUUUCUCAACGAGGUCUAUCUGAAAGGAAUCCAUGGUCCCUUCUUAGUCAUUGCUCCACUGUCCACUAUACCUAACUGGGAAAGGGAAUUCCGCACCUGGACAGAAAUCAAUGUCGUCGUAUACCAUGGCAGUCAGGCCAGUCGUCGGACUAUUCAUCUUUUUGAAAUGUACUUUAGAGAUUCUGAGGGCCGUAUGAUAAAGGGAGCCUACAAGUUUCACACAAUCAUCACUACAUUUGAGAUGAUUCUAACAGACUGUCCUGAACUGCGUAACAUCCCAUGGCGCUGUGUGAUCAUUGAUGAGGCACACAGGUUAAAGAAUCGGAACUGUAAACUUCUGGAGGGACUCAAGCUGAUGGAUCUGGAACAUAAAGUGCUGUUGACUGGAACCCCCCUGCAAAACACUGUAGAAGAGCUCUUCAGCUUGCUGAAUUUUUUGGAACCCGCACAUUUCCCUUCUGAAGCAUCUUUCAUGGAGGAAUUUGGCGAUUUAAAAACAGAAGAACAGGUACAAAAGCUUCAAGCAAUUCUAAAGCCCAUGAUGCUUCGGCGGUUGAAGGAGGAUGUGGAGAAGAACUUGGCUCCUAAACAGGAAACCAUCAUUGAGGUGGAACUUACAAACAUUCAGAAGAAAUAUUACCGUGCUAUCCUUGAAAAGAACUUUGCCUUUCUCUCUAAGGGUGGUGGUCAAGCCAAUGUACCAAACCUUUUAAACACUAUGAUGGAACUAAGGAAGUGCUGCAACCACCCAUACCUUAUAAAUGGUGCUGAAGAGAAAAUUUUGGAGGAAUUUAAAGAAACACAUGGUAGCGAUCUUCCAGACUUUCCACUCCAGGCCAUGAUCCAAGCUGCUGGUAAACUAGUUUUAAUCGACAAACUGCUACCAAAACUAAAGGCUGGCGGCCAUAGAGUGCUUAUCUUUUCCCAGAUGGUACGUUGCUUGGACAUUCUGGAAGACUAUCUCAUUCAGAAAAGGUACCCAUAUGAGCGAAUAGAUGGCAGAGUAAGGGGUAACCUACGCCAAGCGGCUAUUGAUAGAUUCUCCAAGCCUGACUCUGACAGGUUUGUCUUCCUGCUUUGCACAAGGGCAGGAGGACUGGGCAUUAAUCUCACUGCUGCUGACACCUGCAUUAUAUUUGAUUCUGACUGGAACCCUCAAAAUGACCUCCAGGCUCAGGCUCGUUGCCACAGAAUUGGUCAGAGCAAGGCAGUAAAAAUCUACAGACUCAUCACAAGGAAUUCCUAUGAAAGAGAAAUGUUUGAUAAGGCCAGUUUAAAACUUGGUUUGGACAAAGCUGUACUACAGUCAAUGAGUGGAAGAGAGAAUGCUGCUAAUGGGGUUCAGCAGCUGUCCAAGAAAGAAAUUGAAGACCUUCUGCGCAAAGGAGCGUAUGGAGCCCUUAUGGAUGAGGAAGAUGAAGGGUCCAAGUUCUGCGAGGAAGACAUUGACCAAAUUCUUCUAAGGCGUACUCAUACAAUAACUAUAGAAUCUGAGGGGAAAGGGUCAACUUUUGCUAAGGCCAGCUUUGUGGCAUCUGGAAACAGAACAGACAUUUCACUGGAUGAUCCCAACUUUUGGCAAAAAUGGGCUAAGAAAGCAGAAUUGGAUGUUGAAGCUUUAAAUGGAAGGAACAAUUUGGUGAUUGAUACACCAAGAGUCAGGAAACAGACGAGACUCUACAGUGCAGUGAAGGAGGAUGAGUUAAUGGAGUUCUCAGACCUGGAGAGUGAGACGGAAGAAAAACCCAACCCUAAACCACGUAGGCCUCAGGAUAAGUCCCUGGGUUAUGCAAGAAGUGAAUGCUUUAGAGUGGAAAAGAACUUGCUAGUUUUUGGCUGGGGUCGAUGGACUGAUAUUCUGUCACAUGGCCGCUUUAAACGUCAGCUGAAUGAGCAGGAUGUAGAAACCAUUUGCCGAGCAAUCCUGGUCUACUGCCUUAAUCAUUACAGAGGUGAUGAGAACAUCAAAAGUUUCAUAUGGGACCUAAUCACGCCCACUGCAGAUGGGCAAACACGUGCCCUUCUCAAUCAUUCAGGUACAAAGUUUGCUUUGCUUUUGUUUGUUUUACAGUUUAUGACAACUGGAUCUCCUACCAGCCCAGCUAGUCCGAACCUUUUCAGGCGAACGCAAUCCACAGAACUUGCGAAUAUGCUUAAAGUGCUUAAUUUGUUGUCUCAACGCAUUGACAACAUGUCCCUUCGACUUGAUUCUGUUGACAAGCGACGUAGUGAAGAAUCUACUACAAACAAUCUUCUUAAUGGACCGACCCACGAAAUCGCUUGCUCUAUUCGAUCAACAAGGAUUCCAAUUAAUGGAGUUAAUGGUGAAACCUACUUACUGCAGAUAGAGAACAUUGCGAAAGAGUUUGAAGAUUUGGACAAAGACAUUAAACUUGACCUUGAUUUUGCUAGAUACGGAUUUGACUACAACAGAGUAUUCACUAGCAUCAAACAACUUUUGGAUAGACUCAAAAUAAAUAAGAUCAAAAAAAUUAAUCAAGACCGUCUAGCAUACAGUAAUGGAACAGCUUACCCUAAACCACAAAUUACACAGGUAUGGCAGAAUACUUGCUUAGUAGCAUCUUCAACUGGAGUUAAUCAAUCUAGUAAUCAAGUUGAUGUGUCAUCAACCCCUGAUAAUCUCGAUAACAACACUGAGCCUGCUGAUAUAAUCAGACGAAGUGAAAGACUUCGUACUAAAAACGUCCAGCAUAGUGACUUUAAUGUUUAUAACUUUUCAUCUAUUGUUAUAGAGCCUGCUUUAAUUGAUUUACUGUCAAAAGGCAAUACAUUUGUUUUGAGCAAAAAUAUGAACAUGGCUAAAACAAUGAUAGACUUAGUGUUAUGUAGAAUUAGUAAAAAGAUCAACAACAUUACUGCUAAACAUUUACGAGCAUUGAAAUUACUUAGAUCAGCUCAAGUCCGCAAUGUUAAGCCGGACAAAGGCGGCGGACUUGUCAUUUUUGACAUAGCUGACUAUAAUAAAAAAAUGGAUGCACAUCCCUACACUCAAAAACGUUCCAUUGUGAAAGGUCAACUUAUAAGAGCUGCAAGAAUGUGCUCUGAUGAAUGUGACUUUAUUGCUGAAUGUCACUUCCUAAAAGAAAUGUUUCAUAACAGAGGUUAUCCCUCUGCUUUGAUUGUUGAUUUAAUCAAAGAAGUGAAAAAUAAACGUAGUAAUGGGGCUAUUCAACCACUGUUACCACUGUUUGUAGAAGGUCGGGAUGAACAAUUAUUGGUUCCCCCUACUAUUAUAGAACUUUUCUCUCUCUUCCUCUCCAGGGUCCUGCUGCGUGUCCGUAUGCUGUACUAUCUGAGGCAAGAAGUUAUUGGGGACCUGGCGGACAAGAUACUAGAGGGCGCUGAUGCAAGUGACGUAGAUUUAUGGAUCCCUGAACCAUUUCAUGCAGAAGUUCCUACAGACUGGUGGAAUAGGGAAGCAGAUAAAUCUCUUCUUCUUGGUAUCUUCAAACAUGGCUAUGAGAAAUACACUUCCAUCCGAGCAGACCCUUUGUUGUGCUUUCUAGAGAGAGUAGGCAUGCCUGAUGCCAAGGCCAUUGCUGCUGAACAGAGAGGAGCAGAUCUCCUGACAGAUGGUGGAGACGGGGGUGAUUUUGACAGAGAGGAUGAAGAUCCAGAGUAUAAGCCUGCAAGAACACCUUUUAAGGAUGAAAUGGAUGAAUUUAUGAAUUCACCUCAAGAUUACAAGGAGGACGUUUUGGAACUUGACACUACUGAUAAGCAAAAUGAAAUAAUCACUGACUCUGGUCAGUUGCACUGGCCUUCAGCUUCAGCCUUAACUACUCGCCUGAGACGCCUUAUUACAGCAUAUCAGCGCAGCUAUAAGAGAGAGCAGAUGCGACAAGAAGCACUAAUGAAGACUGAUCGUCGGAGGAGGCGGCCAAGAGAAGAACUGAGAGCACUAGAAGCAGAAAGAGAAGCUGCUAUGUCUGAAAGACGUCAGAAGUGGACCAGAAGAGAGGAGGCAGAUUUUUAUCGUGUUGUGUCUACCUUUGGUGUUGUCUUUGACCCUGUCGAGCAAAGGUUUGAUUGGAACCAGUUUCGCACUUUUGCAAGGCUAGACAAGAAAUCAGAUGAAAGUCUAGAGAAGUAUUACAAUUCAUUUGUGUCGAUGUGUCACAGGGUAUGUCGUACAUCUCCUAAACCAGAAGAAGAGCCACCAGACCCUACCAUAAUCAUCGACCCAAUUACAGAAGAGCGAGCCUCUCGGACACUGUACCGCAUUGAGCUACUACGGAAGAUUCGUGAGCAAGUCCUUCCACACCCUCAAUUAGAUGAAAGAUUAAAGCUCUGUCAGCCAAGUUUGGAACUUCCUGAAUGGUGGGAAAGUGGAAAGCAUGAUAAGGAUCUUUUAAUUGGCGCUGCAAAGCAUGGCGUCAGUAGGACAGAUUACCAUAUACUCAAUGACCCUGAGCUUUCAUUCUUGGAAGCUCAUAAAACCUUUGCUCAAAAUCGAGGUUCUUUGCAACAGAGCAAUAUGUCUUUGAGUCAGACUGGCACCUACAUGGGCUUAACACCAGUUUUUGUGCAGACAACACGUAGUCAGGGAGAAAGGACUCCAGAGCAGAGGGAACUCAUUGAAACUGAAGUUUGUGAGCCUUCUCCAGCCAAGGUGGACAAACCUGAUGCUGUGGAGAAGGAUACAACUGAGGAGGAAGAGGAAGAUGAUAGGGAAGAAGUUGCGGUCAAGAAGGAAGAGGGGGAUGUAGAAGCUGUAGCACUGUGUAAAGCCGAAUCCUCCCCUAUUAAAUGUGAAAUCAAGGAACCAGCAAGUGGCACAGAGAUUUCAAGAGCUUUGGAGUCGAAACCAUUUUCAGAAAAGGGCUCCGAAGAAGAGGAGGAUGACAAAAUUGAUGAGGAUGAUAAAUCUGAGGAGUCUUCCCAGCUUGAAGGUGCAGCUUCUUGUGUCAAAAAUUUUGAUGAAGAAAGCAAUGCCUCCCUGAGCACUGCACGUGAUGAAACUCGUGAUGGCUUUUUCUUGGAAGAUGGUGAUCCUUCAGUUGCUCAUAUGCUACAUGAAAGAGCAUUUGCAUUCUCUUUUUGGCCCAAGGAUCGGGUAAUGAUCAAUCGUUUAGAUACAGUCUGUGAAACUGUAUUGAAGGGAGCAUGGCCUACAAACAGACGGCAGCUGUUUGACUUCCAAGGUCUGUUGCCAGGAUAUACACCUACUGUGCUGGACAGCCCACUACAGAGAAAGAGUUUUGCAGAGCUCUCUAUGGUUGCACAAGGAAACUAUAGUGGUAGUGAAGAGAUAAGCAGUUCUCCACAGCUGGUAAAGGACAGUGCUUUGAAUCUUUCCAUGCCUAGGCAGCGAAGGAGACGAAGACGGAAGAUUGAAAUUGAGGCAGAGAGGGCCGCAAAGAGGAAAAAUCUAAUGGAUAUGGUUGCUCAGCUGCGAGAAUCCAAUGCAAGCUCAGAAAAUGGACAAAAUAAAGCUGUGGACUUAACAAAGGCUUCAAGAGAUGCAAUAAGUUCUACCUCUGAUAUCUCUUCUGUUACAUCUAAGUUUGUUUUACCACAUAUUUCCACUCCAGUCACAGAAGCCUUCAGAACUCAGAUGGAGUUGCUGCAAGCAGGUCUUUCAUGCACUCCCUCAAGACAUCUACUGAAUGGAUCAUUAGCAGAUAGAGAUCCUCCAAUGAAGAGAAGAAGAGGCAGGAGGAAAAAUGUAGAAGGGCUUGAUCUGCUUUUCAUGGGCAACAGACGAGCGUCAUUGGCAGUGCAGGAGGAUGUGGAAGUGACCAAAGCAUUUGAAGAGGAAAUUGAAAAUCCACCAUCAAGAAACAUUCCAUCUCCUGGCCAGUUGGACCCAGAUGCCCGCAUCCCUGUCAUUAAUUUAGAGGAUGGAAGUAGACUGAUUGGAGAAGAUGCCCCAAAAAACAGGGACUUGGUAGAUUGGCUUAAGCUACAUCCAAUGUACACUGUUGAUAUGCCCAGUUAUGUACCAAAGAACGAAGAAUUAUUGUAUUCACCAUUUCAGAAACCGAAGCAGAAGAGGCAUCGCUGUCGAAAUCCUAACAAGUUAGAUAUCAACACAUUGACAGGGGAAGAAAGGGUACCUGUUGUAAAUAAAAGGAAUGGGAAGAAGAUGGGUGGAGCCAUGGCCCCUCCAAUGAAGGACUUGCCCAGAUGGUUGGAAGAGAACCCUGAAUUCGCAGUUGCUCCUGACUGGACUGAUAUUGUAAAGCAGUCUGGUUUUGUUCCUGAGUCCAUGUUUGACCGUCUACUCACUGGACCUGUUGUGAGAGAAGAAGGAAUGAGCAGGAGAGGCAGAAGGCCAAAGAGUGAAAUUGCCAAAGCAGCUGCUGCCGCUGCUGCUGCCUCUGCAGCAUCAACGUCUGGUAUCAAUCCAUUAUUGAUGAACAGUCUGUUUGGUGGAAUGGACCUCACAAGUCUUCAGUCUCUUCAGAACCUGCAGAGUCUUCAGUUAGGCCUAAUGGGUUUUCCCCCAAGUCUUGCUGCUGCAGCUGCUGCUGCAACUACUGGGGGUGGAGGAGGCAGAGUAGAUAUUAAAAACCAUACUGCAAUGUUACCCUUAAUGUUGCCGGGAAUGGCAGGACUACCUAGCAUGUUUGGACUUGGGGGUCUUCUGAAUAGUCCACUUGCAACUACAAUUAAUGCUGCCACAUCUGGUCAGGGAGAAACUGAUGAAGGUACUUCAAAAAUAGAGGAAAGAAAAGCAGAAACUGAAGAUGAAGAUAACGAAUUAGAGAAAUCUGACUCUGAUAUAGGUGCUACUGACUCUAGUAAUGUGAGGUCUGUCGGUGCUGCUACUAGUGCAGCAGCUGCUGCUGCCGCUGCCGCCGCUGCUGGGUUGUCCACCAACCCACUGGCUUUCAAUCCGUUUUUGCUGUCUACUAUGGCUCCUGGUUUGUUCUACCCCUCCAUGUUCCUUCCUCCUGGAUUAGGAGGGUUGACUUUAUCUGGUUUUCCUCAAGCAGCGUUGGCUGGACUUCAAAAUGCAAUGGGCUCAAGUGAAGAAAAGGCUGAUCCAGUCGAAGAGCCUACUGCUAAAGAUGAAGACAUUGCUGAAAGCAGUGAUGUAGAGGGAAGCCUUGAUAAAACUGCAGAUUCAUCCGUUUUAGAUGAUGAAACCACAGUGGGGGAAUUAGACUCACUUGAUAGAAGGGACGACACUGAUGACAAUGUAUAGCCACGUUUCUGGUUACUAAAAGUGUUUUAAACUUUUGACAAGUGGUAGUCCUACUGUUUACAUACACAGUAAAUUUCCAUACCUAGUUUUUUUUAAAAGCUGUAUUUGUAAUAUAGUGUAGCAAAACAAAAGUCCAAGUCAUGUUAUGCAGAUGUCAAACAGUGUCUUGGUCAGUAAGUAUUGUGCAGUGCAUUAUUUAUUAUCCUAGUCGAGGGAAAAAGAUAAUUAACUUUAAAAGUCUUUUAGGAAUGAAUUUACAUAAUGCUCUGCUUUUGUACCAUUGGUAUUAUAUGAGCAGCAGUUUGUAAUCAAGUGGCAUUAGCAGAAGCAGAUGCUGCUUAAAAGGAAAUAUGAAGAUGUAUAUUUAACUUUUUGCUGUGAAGAUCAAGUUGAAAAAAAAAAAAAAAAAGUCCGCAUACAUAUCAUGCCUACAGACAUUUGACGGUAUGGGAGUUCAACACACUGACAAUCUCCACAAUAGUGUGAACGUCUCAGUUCUGAGACACAGCAAUAAUAAGGCAGCUGUUGAAUGUGAAGAUUUAUCUUCGGACAUUAAUCCACCGAAAAAAAGGUGACUACAGAAAAAAAAAAAAACUACAGUUCGUUCGUCUCAUGAUGUUAUCUUCUUGUAAUGCACUGGUAGAAUUGAAAAAAAAUCAGGUACAUUUUUUUUUUUUUAAAUGAAAGGACUUGUUACUUUAGCUACAAAGCUAAAACAGCAUUACCUCAAUUCUGAACUAGCCUUGAAGUUUACAGACAUGACUUUGUAAAUGUAUUGUUUUGUUUCUUUGUUGUGAUGUCUUUUUUUAUUUUAUUUUAUUUUAUUUUAUUUUUUCUUUUUUUUUGAAACUGCUAUCAUGUAAGAUAAGAUGUAAAUUGCUGCCAACUGUAGUUAUGACGCUUUUAAUAAAAAGUGACUCAUGAUAUGCAGUGAUGUAUGUAGAAUGUAGAAAAAUGUCUAGGGAAACCAAAUCACAGUUGGUGUUCACACUUUAUAUUUUGUAUUCACAAUAGAAACAAAUACAGUAUUUUGGCUUUG